AUGGUACGUCAGCUGCACGACGGUAUGAUGGUGCGAGUCACGGACAACGGAGCUGUCUCAGAGGCAUUCGCAGUGACCAUCGGAGUGAAACAGGGAUGCGUGCUGGCGCCUACCCUCUUCAGUCUUAUGUUCUCUGCCAUGCUAAUGGACGCCUACCGCGACGAACGCCCCAGGAUCCGCAUCACCUACAGGACGGACGGUCACCUCCUGAAUCAAAGACGGAUGCAAUUCCAAUCGCGCGUAUCCACAACCACCGUUCACGAACUCCUCUUCGCCGACGACUGCGCCCUGAACACCACCUCGGAAGAGGAGAUGCAACGGAGCAUGGACCUGUUCACCGCGGCCUGCGAGAACUUCGGUCUGGUCAUAAACACGCAGAAGAUGGUGGUGAUGCAUCAACCGCCACCCAACACCGCCGACCCCCCAACGCGCCGGAAAUCAGCGUGA